UGUUAGCUGUCAGUACGCGACCUACCGCGUGUACACACGCACGUACUCACUUGCAAUCUAUCCUCCAGAAGUGCUGAGUGCAUUGCAGUCGGGAAAAGCAUCAUGGCACCUAUCCAGGACCAGAUUAUUCACCCUUUCAAGACAUUAAACGCACCACUGCAAGUAAACGGCCGUUUUGGUAGACAUGACAGUUGCCAUUUCAAUUUUCACUUACCCAUUUCUCCCAAAGGACUUUCCCUGCAUGAUUUCUUCUUCGAAUAUAUGUUUGAGACCUUCGACGAUGCGAUCAGAGAGAUUCUUAGAAGAUGGGAUGAGAGAGAGCUGCUCACUGACACGUGGUAUGAUAGAGGCUUCCGUGUGUCAACGUUCAACAUAGCGUCAAGGUACUGGAGGCUGCAUCCCGCUACCUUCUUUAACGGCACUGAUUGCAAGAUUCCUUUUAAAAUAUAUGACAAUACAAGCGACGGGGCAAUCGCUGCCAGGAUCAUCAGUGGGAGAGAAGUAUUUAUGGAGGAUUAUCUGAAGUCCUCAAGGAGAUUCCCACGACGUUCAUUUCCUUCGGACGACGUUGACACCAGAUCAGUCUCCUCUGUGAUGCCGUCAGAUGGCGUCUUGGCCAAUGCGGGUCCCAUGAAGAGGCAGGAGGAGGACGAGGUGGAUAUUGGAGAUGUCAAGUCAGAGGAAGAAACACUAGGCUGCGGGCCCGGGUUGACGGACCGUCCUGAAGGGAUACCUGAGACAGUAAGCAUGACCCGGGAAGCCUCGCCCUCACUCAGCAUGCAGUCUGCUGAGUCUUGUGACUCACUGGUCGGCAGACUGUGGACGUUCUCGUCGCCUUAGAGGAGUCAAGUGUACCUGCAGCAUCCACAGAUCACAAGUGUUAAACAUCAUGAGUAAUAUAGCUUUACUGGCAGGUAUUUUGUUAUUCAUAAUUUGUACUAUAGCAAUGUUUCAUUUAUUAUAUGUUAUUAGCAGAACAUAAAUUGAACGGUAAUAUUUAGCAAUAAUUAACACGUCGAACAUUGAAGAUUAUUUAUAUCAUCCAAUAUAUACUAUACGUGUUAUUUUAAUUAGCAAUAAAUCAUCUGGUAUUACCAAAUCAUCUGGUAUUUCCCAAACAGCUGCAUAACCACCCAUGAGAUAAUAUGAGCCACCAUUAGUGACCAAUGACAGUCAGUGACAAGGUCAAUAUGAACAAAUCCACAAGGGGCCUUGAUGAGGGUUCGAAACCUAUGCGCUGGAUGUUCCCAGACGGGCUCUAGUCAACUGUACCACAUGGUAAAAGAAUUGCAACCUGGAGUGCAAUAUAGUGCAAUAUAGGUCAAUAUAGUAACGAAGACAGACAAGAGUGAGCUGACUUGAUAUAUUGCACGUAGCCAAUUACGGGUUAUUCAUGCCCGUGCCACUUUUUGGGUGGCUUAAUCUUUAUCAAUCAAUCACGAAGCCAAAAAUGCGGUCACAAUGGUUGUAUUUAAUUACAUGAAUCUGCUUGAAAUAUUGUUUUGGUAUUUACGACUCAGGUGGGUAGGCGAUUCCAUGGAUUUUUUUUUUAACUCCUGUUAGCAGGCUGAGAGCUUUUCCCUCCCAUAGCUCAAGGUAAGCCUUACCCACUAGUUUUCCCUGGAGCACGACCCGCCGAUCGGUUAACAACCAGGUACCCAAUCACUGCUCCAUAACAUCAGAAGGGAACAAUUAAGGACUGGUGCCUAGUAAAUCCUCCCCGGCCAGGAUACGAAGUUAGACUUACCAUGCAAUGCGCCAGCAGAGGACUGUUUUCACCCUACGAGUUAAACAAAAAACUGUUUUCAGUGCUACAUAUUGCCUUGGUGAGCUUGAAGUGGUUGUUGCUCUUGUAUGCAUUACAUCAUUAUGCCCGAAACGCUUUGCGUAAUAGUGGCUUUAGGCAUUGUAUGUACUAGCUCUACCUAUAAGUCAAACAAUCCUUGUAAAUAUUUAUUGUAUGUAUGUACCUUACCUAAAUAAAAUUGUAUUGUAUAAAAUUGUAUUGUAUUGUAUUGUAUCUCAUCUUUUAUAGAAGUGGUCUGGGUUAAUGUUCUUAAGAACCUCCAGCAGUAUCCAUCAUUCAACAACAGUCCAACAUUCUUCUUGUAUCUCAUUUUGAAUGUUUGUACUUUUCCCAAAAUAAACAUUAUUAUUAUUAUUUAGGAUAAAACCCACAUUUGUGUAUUUGUGAAAUUUAUGUAAGGAAUUUACACCAAGUCUUUCGCACUCUCCUGAGUGCUUUGUCAAAGGGUUGAGUGUGUGAUUAAGACGAGAAUUUCAUCUCAACGUCUUAACAUUGACUAGACGUUGAGAUGUAAGUUAUUAUGUCUGUGAGAAGACAUUACCAUUACUAAUAAUAAUAAUAAUAAUAAUAAUAAUAAUAAUAAUAAUAAUAAUAAUAAUAAUUAUAGUAUUGUAAGGUUUGAUGAGGUCAACUCUGUCUUGUCUAGUUUGUUGUUAAUCUAGAUCAUGUAAAAAUUCCUAACUCUUCUUGGUAAAUUUUGUGUGAACGUCUAAA